AUGGAUAUUGGAUGCUUUUGAUGCGCCAGAGUUUUCACAAACUUCAAUGUGGCUACUACUUAUACAACAAUUCAUGGAUGAAUACCAAAAAUCUCGAACUCUUAUGAGAUUAUUGAUAGAGCUUUUACUAAAAAAAUUAAAUUAUGUAAAAUAUUUUUUUCAUAUACAUCAACAUUCAAAUCUUGUUACAAAAUUUGAAGGUGUAAUACAUUCUUUAAAAUCAAUGCUACAGCAAAUUUUCCUUUCAAUACCUGAUAUGUUUGUAUUCCCAUCUUGCUGGAAUACAUACAAAGAUCUUCUGAUCAAUAUUCUUUUAGAGGAUGCUAAAUCAGGCACAUGUAAUCCUGUUUUUGCUAAAAAAUUAAGAUGUCAAAUAGAAAAAUUCAUUGAAGUAGUGCGUGCUAGAAAUGAGGUUUUGAAUGAGAAAAAAGGUAAUACAUUUGAAAGAAAAAACCUAAAAGAAAUAAAAUUGUCUCGGAUAAUAAAUAUUCUUGAUAAAAUUGGACCUAAAACCGAUUAUGAUGUUGUUACAUCAGAAUAUUUUUGUAUUAAAAAUAAAUUUCCUUUAUUGGAAGAAGAAAUCACUACAUCCAUUUGUUCAUUAUGCUUUUGGGCAGUAACUAAUCUUCGGUCAGGAGAUUAUAGAAUAUAUUCUGUUUGUCAAAUACUUGAUAUUUGGAAGAAAAUUGCUUACAAUGACAAUGAAAAGAUCGAAAAACAAACUU